AUGGAGGAAACCGUCGAGCAGAUGCAGGUCCGCCACAGAAAGGAGCAGCGGGACCUCCAGUCGCGCGUCACCAGCAAAAAGAAAAAUGCCACCAAAAAGACGCGCAAGGGCGUCAACGACGAGUGUGCCGAGCUCGAGCGCCAGCUCAGCCAGAGACACGCCGACGAGCUGAAGAGCCUCGCCGGCGGGGAUGCGAGCGAACAAGCAGCUCAGCCGGGGGAAGAAGGUGGAGACGAAGACGAAGACGAAGACGAAGACGAAGAUGUGGAAGGCGCUCUGGCUGCCCAGCUGCAAGGCACGGCCAUCGCGCCGCCUCGAGCCCAGCAGCAACAGCAGACACCCGCAGACAGCCCGCCGCAGCAAGACCAGCAGCAGCAGCAGCAGCCCAAGAAACGCAACCGGCAAAAGGAGCGCCUCGCCCGCCGCGCCGCAGAGCAAGAGGCGGCCGCCGACGCCGCGCACUCCGAGGCCGCCCACAUGAUCGACCACCGCGGCAUCGAGCGCGCGUACAUGGCCAAGGAGUUUGCUGCGCACGCGCUGGUCGAGAAGGAUAUUGCGCCUGACGGGCAUUGCCUGUUCUCGGCCGUGGCGGACCAACUGGCGGCGAACGGUAUUGCCGUUGUUGUCAGCAGCAGCAGCAGUACUACCGACGGACCGGCAUACAAGGCGGUGCGGCAGCGGGCAGCCGACUACAUGGAGGCGCACGGCGACGAGUACGCCGGGUUCCUCGAGGAGCCGCUCGCGGCAUACGCGGCCAAGAUCCGCGACACGGCCGAGUGGGGCGGGCAGCUCGAGCUGGCGGCGCUGGCCAACGCGUACGGCGUCGAGAUCAGGGUCGUGCAGGACGGCAGGAUUGGGGUGGUGCGGCCUGCUGCAGAAGACACAAGGGAGGGCCUCAAGACGCUGUGGCUUGCCUACUACCGCCACGGCUACAGCCUGGGCGAGCACUACAAUUCGCUGCGGAAAGCGGCUUGA